CACGUCGCGCUCCACGCCUUCCCAAGCGCACCCGGGCGCCUGUGUUGUUGCUAGGCGGCGUUGAACGCCCGGCAGCGGGAUGCAGGGCCGCGGCAGGUGAAGAUGGUGGUCGCUGGGCCGCAGGUGACCAUGGAGAAGGAGCUGCGGAGCACCAUUCUUUUCAAUGCAAACAAAAAGGAGGUGUUUACCACCACCAGUGGCUAUAAAUCCAUGCAGAAAAGGCUUCGGAGUAACUGGAAGAUUCAGAGCUUAAAAGAUGAAAUCACAUCUGAGAAGCUUAUUGGAGUGAAACUGUGGAUUACAGCUGGACCAAGGGAAAAAUUUACUGCAGCUGAGUUUGAAGUCCUCAAGAAGUUCCUUGACGGUGGUGGAGACAUCCUUGUGAUGCUAGGAGAAGGUGGAGAAUCCCGAUUUGAUACCAAUAUUAACUUUCUAUUAGAAGAAUAUGGAAUCAUGGUUAAUAAUGAUGCUGUGGUUAGAAAUGUCUACUACAAGUAUUUCCAUCCUAAGGAAGCUCUGGUUUCCAAUGGGGUCUUGAACAGGGAAAUCAGCCGAGCUGCUGGAAAGGCCGUGCCUGGAAUCAUCGAUGAGGAGAGCAGUGGAAACAAUGCCCAGGCUCUCACCUUUGUCUAUCCUUUUGGUGCCACACUGAGUGUCAUGAAACCAGCAGUGGCUGUUCUGUCCACAGGCUCUGUCUGCUUCCCGCUCAACAGACCCAUUCUGGCUUUCUAUCACUCGAAGAACCAAGGUGGGAAGCUGGCAGUGCUUGGCUCCUGUCACAUGUUCAGUGACCAAUAUUUGGAUAAAGAAGAAAACGGCAAAAUCAUGGAUGUUGUGUUCCAGUGGCUCACGACAGAAGACAUCCACCUGAACCAGAUUGAUGCUGAGGAUCCAGAGAUUUCCGACUACAUGAUGUUGCCCGACACAGCCACCCUGUCAGAGCGGCUGCGAGUGUGUCUCCAGGAGGGCGAUGAGAACCCACGUGACUUCACCACCCUCUUCGACCUGUCCAUCUACCAGCUGGAUACCGCCUCCCUCCCCAAGGUCAUCAAGGCUCACGAGCAGCUGAACGUGAAGCAUGAACCACUUCAGCUCAUCCAACCUCAGUUUGAGACGCCACUGCCGGCCCUCCAGCCUGCGGUUUUCCCCCCUAGUUUCAGGGAGUUACCACCCCCUCCUCUGGAGCUGUUUGACUUAGAUGAGACGUUCUCCUCGGAGAAGGCCCGGCUUGCUCAGAUUACCAAUAAGUGUACUGAAGAAGACCUGGAGUUCUAUGUCAGGAAGUGUGGUGACAUUCUUGGAGUGACCAGCAAACUACCAAAGGACCAACAGGAUGCCAAACACAUCCUUGAGCACAUCUUCUUCCAAGUGGUGGAGUUCAAGAAAUUAAACCAGGAACACGAUGUUGAUACAAGUGAAAUGGCAUUCCAGAACAAUUUCUGAGGAUUGUGCCUCUUGAAGCAUUGUCGGCCUCCUGAUUUUUUGUAAACUGGUUUUUAAUUGCUCUGCAAUCCCUUAGCCAAACUGUCUCCACCCUUUCCUCUGAGCUGUGGAAGGUCUGUGCAUCUUUCAUAGUACCCAGAGAGAAUUUCUAACAAAGUCCUUAUGUAAGAUAUGUUCCAUUUUUAAAAUUAAAUCUGUGAUUGAUUCUCCUUUUUAUAAUUCAUUAAACAGUUUUUCAUUGAA